GGAUGUCUUAAAUCUUAUAGAAGGCAGCUAAAUACAGAACUGUCUCCACAAUACUUUAACAUGGAGAAGCUCAUCUUAGAGAUCCUUAUACAUUACCUCCAGAAAUAAUCACUCCCCCUACACGUAAUAAUUUAUUUUAAUUUCAUCAUCAUAGCCAGAAAGGAAAGAAAACCAGAUGAUAUUACUGAUUUCCCAUAAUAGAAAUAAGUCUUAUUACCUGAAUCUAUACCAUAUCCUGAAGGUAAAUAUAGACCAGCCUCAGUCCCCUAUGUUGCUGGUUUCUAUCCUUAUAAUUGCUAUCUCUAAAAAGGAAAGGUAUUACUUAACACCUAUAUACCAGAUUUAUCAAUGGUGUUCAUGUGGUAUCUCAUAAGCAAAUCCAUGGUGUGAUGGAAUGUGCAAUGCCUCAGCUACAAGAAACAGACCAAUUAAAUUUAAUGUUGAUACAUCUGGAUAUUAUAAAUUGUGCAAUUGCAAAUCCAGUGCCAAUGCACCUUUUUGUAAUGGUACACAUAGGUAAUCACUUUAUCAAUUUUCAGAUAAGUGAUUCGUUAAUAUCAUGCUGGAUAUAGAGGCUUUUAUGAACUCUGGGGUUGGGCAGCAUUUAUGGGAACAACCGGUUUUAUGAUUUGGAAUUUCCACAAUUGAUAUUUUCAACAACACACA